UUGGACUCUGGUUUUGGAUAAGGGAUCAGGGGGAUCCGACAGACUGUUCUUCUGGUGGUUCCUAGAUUUCGCAUCACAGCAGCCGAGGUCUGGUCCUACCAGCAAAAAGGACCCUCUCCUUUUUAUCCGCUAGUCUCCGUUUUCUCCGUUUUCUUCUCGUUUUGCCCGUCGUCGUUCAGCUGUGUCUAACGCGUCCUCUCCUUGCGUCCCGUGGUGCCUGGUGAUCGACUCGCCGCUUUGCUGCCUAGUUUCCUCUGGUUGCUCAGUUCACACCAGCAGGAGAGAUUCGGCGGAUAGAUAACCAGCCGGGAACGUCCUUCAGGUUUAAUCAACUGAAGGUUUUCGCAGGAUAGUGAGGCUCUCAGUAUGGCGAACGCGGCGGCCUUACCCGCUUGUACUGGCUCAAAAUUUAUGGAUUGCGGUUUCACUACCAAAUGCCCUAAUGCAGCCACUAUUCAACGUCGGUCCGCCGUUCCGCAUUUUCCGGUUUGUGCUAAUCUGAACAGAAGUUGCAGACCGGCGAACAUUUCUGUUCACAGGAGUAUCAGCUCCUCCUUUAGAGGACUAUCAGGACCUUUGAGACCCUCGAUCUCCGGCAUUCAAUCAUUCCUCACCGUCCGAUCUCGAGCAAAUGCACGAGCUUCGCUCAACGACAGUUCGUCUGGAUCUCGGGGGAAUGGCAGCGUAGCUAGGGACGUCAGUGCUCCUGCUGUCCGCGAGGGGGAGGGUGAGACUGGAGGAGGGGAUGACGGAAGCUCCAAAGGCAAGAAUCUGCCAACGACUAGCGAUCGGGACCCUGACAGUCAACGGGAGUCCGGCGAAGAAGCUAACAAGCCCAGCUGGUUACCAGAUUGGAUCGAUCUGACGUCAGACGACGCCAAGACGGUUCUGAUCGCAUUCGGAAUUUCGCUGGUCUUUCGGUGGUUCGUCGCGGAGCCACGGUUCAUCCCGUCUCUGUCAAUGUUUCCGACAUUCGACAUUGGCGACAGAAUCAUCGCAGAAAAGGUCUCGUACUAUUUCCGGGAACCAGAAGUUGACGACAUUGUCAUUUUCAAGGCACCCGAGGUUCUUCAGGAACGAGGUUACAGUGCGGGCGAAGUUUUUAUCAAGAGAAUUAUAGCUACAGCUGGAGACGUAGUGGAGGUCAAAGCUGGGAAGACUUAUGUGAAUGGUGUGGAGAGGAAAGAUGAUUUCACUUUUGAGCCACCUGCUUAUGAUAUGAAACCUCAGUACGUCCCUCCAGGAUACGUCUUUGUCAUGGGAGACAACCGCAACAACAGCUAUGACUCACACAUCUGGGGCCCGCUACCAGCCAAGAAUGUACUGGGUCGAUCAGUCUACAGAUAUUGGCCUCCCAACAGAUUGGGAUCUACAGUUUUGGAAGAGUCCACAGGUUCAAGUGCAGGGGAAUCCGCUCCCCAAUUGAAGGCUUCAUAAGGUUAAAGAAUGCAGCUUUCUCUGACCCUUUGUUUUGAUUCUGGAGGGAUUCGGAAAGAUUUCUGUGGCGUUUUAGUGUACUGUGGAAAGAAUUGUCAAAAGACUAGCUUAGCUAGGAAGCCAUAGAAUGGCACAAGGUUUAGCUAGGAGCUAGGAGGAGCCAUGAGAAUGGCGAGAGGUUUUAGGUGCUAGGAAAGUUGAGGAGAGAAAAGAGAGUUGGAUUAGAAGAGAGGGGAGUACAAGGAGGGGAGGAGCCAUGAGAAUGGCGAGAGGUUUUAGGUGCUAGGAAAGUUGAGGAGAGAAAAGAGAGUUGGAUUAGAAGAGAGGGGAGUACAAGGAGGGGUUUGUACCCCCUACAGAAAGGUUCAGUAACAACCUACUAAGCCUAUAUUAAAUUAUAACUUAUAUA